GUAAGUUGUAAUGGCGUCUAGACGGUGAUUUUUGUCUAUUGUUAAAUUUUGCAAAAAUAACACAAGAUGUUUCCUGCAAACUCGGGACUUUUAAUGGAGAAUGUUUCAUCUCUUAAACAACCAGAAGGAAGUUAUAUAACUUCAAAUUAUGAAGCUUCACAAGCAGCCCAGCAAGGAAACCAGUCACUUACUUCUCAAGGGGUUGACAGUUCUGUACGGGUGCCACAUGAUGGCGAAAGGGCAUUCAAAGCAAUUUCGGAAGGAAAGGCAUGGUCAGACAAAGCAGUCGUGCUGGAAAACAAGAGUGCGUCUCAACUGAGCACAGGUUUAAGUCAACUAGGUGAUUACUCUUCUGGUAGCGACUCCGAGGAGGCAGAGAAUUCUAAAGCUGCAGAUGAGGCCAUUGAAUCCAGAGUUGCAGAUUGCCAGAACAAAUUUUCCUCUGAAACUUCAGAGCAGAGUAAAGUCAGUGGUGGUGAUUCUAAAAAAGUAAUGAAUAUCGAUGAAGAAGCUAUGGAAUGUACAGAGACCAAAGAGGAAAUUGGUCAACAAAGUAAAGAACUUGAAGCAGAUGUCACCAAAUCACAAAUCAUUCAAGACAAAAAGGAGGAUGCGUCGUCCGACAAAGAUGACGACAAAAAAUCAGAGAUGGAGCCUUCACAAGAUGUUUCUCCCUCAAUACUAACAGACAGGGACCAAGACCUUGCAGACCCAAAAGCUUCAGCAGAAAAGUCUGAUGUAUCUGAGCUAACAGCUUCAGAAAGAAGUAAGAGGUCUGAAUCAACUGGGUUUGAUGUGCAAGACCCAGUGGAUACCCCGGCCAUAAGAAAGCCUUCAAAGGUGGAAAUGAUCGACGAAGAGUCUAAUGCCAGCUUUAUCAAACUAGACGGUAAAACAAAGGAUUCUCCCUUGAACUUUGAUGUUCCACCCUCUCCAUACGGAGUGUCAGAGAUCUCAGAGACACCCGGACCAGGGACCCCAGCCUCUGUUGUCAGCAACGGAGACAGUGUUUCCUACCAAGCGUUUGACAACUUUGGACCUCCUACUCCAUCGUCAGUGGCAGAUAACUCAUCGAUGGGACCAACUCCCUCAAAACGGUCCAGACUGGCUGUUUACACGCCCAGCCAAGAACACAUCACAGCCAGUAAGUUAUUUGAAUACCAAUGGCCAACAGACGGAUCAGGAGAAUACUACAUGCUACAAGAACAGGUCUGCGAAUACCUGGGAGUCAAAUCCUUCAAACGGAAAUACCCAGAUUUGUUCCGCAGACAGGUGGACAUUAAGGAGAGAGUGUUUCUGAUGGAUAAAGGCGUUGUUACGGAGGGGCAGGCUGAUCUAGGUUUGACGGCACUAAAGAGCGAUGAAGUCUGUGACCUCAUGCAUAAAGACUAUCCCGAAAUGUAUCAGGAAUAUGCUGAGGUGUUACAUGAACGACAGAAACAGAAAAUCAGUGAAAAACACAAAGAGUAUGAAGUGCCCAAGCUUGAGAAAAGUAAGAUGAGUCUGUAUAUCAAGAAGGCCAUGAAGUCGGCUGCUGAGUGGAAUUCUAGCUUCCAAAAGGAAAGGCGAGAGGAGAGGAAAGCCUACCUUGACCUACAAACCUUUAAUAUCCACUACCCCCAGGGUCGAUACAAGGUGCUCCCUAAGGAGAUGACAAAGCCCAUCCACUACCCAGUUUCUCUCAUUCCAGGCCAAUUUCAGAAUUACUUUAAAAGAUACUCGACUGAUGAGCUCAAGUAUUUCCCAAUGAACACUGCCAUGUUUGAUCCCCCUAAACGAAUGGGGACCACCCUGGCUAACCCUCAGGAACAGCCGGAACCAGAGACUGCCUCAGAGGAGGAUGAAAAUGGUUCGGGGUCAGAUUCUGAUUCCGAUGACAGUAGUAGUGGAUCAGAGGGGACAAGUGGAGCAGAGGAUGGAGAGAAAAAGUCAGGUGAAACAAAGGAAGCUGCCCCAGUUGAUUCAAGUGUCUGCUCUAUCUGUACACAAGGUCAAAAUUCAGAGGUCAAAGGUGAAUCUGAUCUAGUUGUCUGCUCAGAGUGCAAUAAGGGAGGUCACCCGGGCUGUUUGGACCUGACCAAUGAGAUGGUGACCGUCAUAAAGACCUAUCCCUGGCAGUGUAUGGACUGUAAGACCUGCGUGGAGUGCAUGGACCCUUACGAUGAGGACAAAAUGAUGUUCUGUGACCUGUGUGACCGAGGAUAUCACACCUUCUGUGUGGGGCUAAAGUCCAUCCCCACUGGUCACUGGAAGUGCAAAAGCUGUAAGGGACCAGAGACCCCAAAACCGUCCAAAAGCAGCAAGACUCCGAAAUCCUCCAAGUCCGGGACAGGGAAAAAGCGAGGAAGACCACCACUGAAGAAGAAGGACAAGAAGAAGUCAAAGAAGAAGAUAGAACCUAAAGAAGAAGCAGAGGCUGCAGAGGAUGACACAGCAGAGACGAAGGAGGAUGAAGAGGGUGAGGAAGAAGGUGGUGAAGAGAAAGGGGAGGAAGGGAAAGAAGAGGAGGAGGAAGAAGAGGAGAUGGAGGCUGAGGAGUCUCAGGAGUGAAGAGGAGGAGCGAAGACCUCUGAAGAGACUGGAGGACAGGAUAGAUUUACCCAGCAGCAGAGCUACAAUGGAGGCUUUAAGCACAUGUUAAAUGGCAAGAAGGAGGGACAUUUUCUGAACUAGCUUUCAGUGUUAGACAUGUGGGAAAAAAAUGCUUGGCAAGUAGAAAGAUGACAGGUACAUGGCACAUGUUACAUUUAUGUAAAAAAAAAGUGCUGAUUUGUCAGUUAUUUAAACAAUGAAAAGUACAGUAUCAAUACAGGUGUACGUGCAUGUAUGUGUUUUUUAUUGUGAUCUACAUUCUUGUAAUAAAGAUUCAUAAAAUAUUGA